UAUCAUAGACAUGUGGCUCCUCCUGCAUAUAACGAUAACUUAGUUAUUUUAAUGUUGGCGGGUGUAUGGUGGCAGGAGUGGCCAACAGAUGGCCUCAGCAGCUGUCAGUGACGUCAUCACCGAGGGUUGUGUGGUCGCUAGUGUUUUGGGAGGCUAACAUAUCCUCCAAUAUUACCUUAAAUGGAGACUCUUUGACGAUAAAUUUGACCCCGCAGACAUUCCCUGAAGGAGUACUGGGGCACCACACUCGUUUGUCACAUGCCACAUGCUAAAAACUGUCUGCCAGCUGUGCAGGAAUCAUCUGUUUUGAAGUAAAGGAAAGGCUGUGUUCACACAUCAGUCAAAUGGUGUAAGCUGCUAAGCGGAUGGGCAUGGGACACCGGCAUUUAGUAAUGCUGGUGGCGUUAACGACAAGACGAUGACGUGUGAUAGCAAACUUUGAGUGGGGGAAGUAAACACAAGCUGAGAGAGGAGUCAGAAGUUGGAAAAAAAAAAAAAAAGGUGUAGGGGUAAAGUGGCAAGGGGGUAGGAGAAAGUAUUUGUUUUGAAUGACUGCUUAACCGCCAAAUUGAGUACAUUCGGGCAUCGUCUCCCUCCCCACAACAUGUCUGAUGAUGAAGACAAGCCACCAGCUCCACCUGUCAGACUAACUUCCACUAGGGCAGAACCCGUGAUGGCAGUAGACAUGCGACCUCUGCCUAAGGAACCAGAGUCAGAAAAGAAAAAGCAUAAAGGACACAAAGGAGGCAAGAGGCAUAAGGAUAGCGACAAACCAAAUAUUUCAUAUCCCACCAACUUUGAACAUACAAUCCAUGUGGGGUUUGAUGCUUGCACCGGGGAGUUUACGCCUACAGGGGACCAUAGCAGUUGCCAGGGCAUGCCAGAUUCCUGGACAAAACUACUGUCCAUCUCCAACAUUAGUAAGCAGGAGCAAAAGAACAACCCUCAGGCAGUACUCGAUGUCCUCAACUAUUAUGAUGCAUCUACCAAAGAACACCAAACUUCCAAGUUCAUGACUGUUACAAAGACUGUUGAUCCAUCACCAAGACCGAGUUAUCAGGGUGGUGGUGUAAACAUUGCCAGUUAUCCAGCAACUCCAUCACCUCACAAAAUAUCAGAUGCUUCAUCUGGAUCUCCAUCUACUCCUGAAACUUGCUCCGAAGUCAGUGUAAGUUUAUGUUGUUUUCUUCUUUCUAUGUUAAGUAGAAUAUAUGCCUACAUGAAAACAUUGCUAAUUUGUGCACCUCUUUGUUACAGUGCAAGUACAGCAAUAGAACGGACAGCAGAGAAACAGAAAAAGAAAAAAAUGAGUGAUGAAGAAAUUUUAGAACGAUUAAGAAGUAUAGUAUCUGUUGGAGAUCCCAAUCGCAAAUAUACAAAAAUGGAAAAGAUUGGCCAGGGAGCAUCUGGGACGGUUUACACAGCAAUUGAAACUGCAACGGGUGUGGAGGUAGCAAUCAAACAAAUGAAUCUCUCUCAACAACCAAAGAAGGAACUUAUUAUUAAUGAAAUUUUGGUUAUGAAAGAAAAUAAACACCCAAAUGUUGUAAAUUAUUUGGAUUCUUAUCUAGUUAAUGAAGAUUUAUGGGUAGUUAUGGAAUAUUUGCCUGGUGGUUCCCUUACUGAUGUUGUCACAGAAACAUGCAUGGAUGAAGGACAGAUUGCUGCAGUUUGCAGGGAGGUACUACAAGCUCUUGAAUUCCUUCAUCUUAGCCAAGUUAUACAUCGUGACAUAAAAUCAGAUAAUAUCUUGCUAGGAAUGGAUGGCAGUGUCAAACUAACUGAUUUUGGCUUCUGUGCACAAAUAUCUCCUGAACAGAAUAAAAGAACAACAAUGGUGGGUACACCUUACUGGAUGGCCCCUGAAGUGGUGACACGGAAACAGUAUGGUCCUAAAGUUGAUGUAUGGUCAUUGGGUAUAAUGGCUAUAGAAAUGAUAGAAGGAGAGCCACCUUAUUUGAAUGAGAACCCACUCAGAGCACUGUACCUGAUUGCAACGAAUGGGAAGCCAGAGAUUAAGGAACGAGAGAAGCUGUCUCAUGUUUUUCAGGAUUUUCUUGACCAAUGUUUGGAUGUUGAAGUCGAAAGGCGGUCCACUGCCCACCAACUUCUAAAGCACCCAUUUUUGAAGCUGGCUCGACCCCUCUCAAGUCUCCACCCUCUUAUUGUAGCAGCAAAAGAAGCAGCCAAGAACCAUUAGUAAUGAGGGCUUACUAAAUAGGACUGCAAAUAUGACUUCUUGCAAGUGUAAUGCCAGCUUUGAGCCUAAUUUUGGCAGGAUCUUCUGUCAUUCAUUACAGGAGCUGAUCUGCUUAUUAUGGAUGUGAAGUUGGCAGGGUACAAAGAGAUUCAGCUUGUCUUACCAUUGCCAUAAUUGUUGAUAUUGUGUCACUCUUCAGGAAUAAGGUGUGAAAAAUGUGCAGGAGUGCCUUGAUUAUCCAUUACCCAGUCUGUUGGCAGUUUCUCUGUUUAGUGCCAUUGUUUGUGUCAUGUACUAUAGUAUAUAACCAGAAUAUGGAUUAUUUAAGACAAACUCUUAAUAGUUUGUUGAAUUUAUAGUGACCAAUUGUCUUAGUGCAUACACAGUUUGUCUCCAAAAUGGCACAUAACAUGUAGAGUAUGAAAUGUGUGUAUUUACUGUAUGCAUGUAAUUUAUACAUAUACAUGUCUGAGUACAAUACAUAGUUUGGUGUAUAUGGAGCAAAAUUUUCAGUGGCAUAUGACAAUUUAAAAAGUGCGUGUAUGCGCGUAUGUGUACUCAAAACAUAUAUGGUUGUAGGGGGUUAAGCCAUAUCUCCUGGCCCCUCCUUUCAAUUUGCCACAUGUCAGAUUCACUCCCCUAGCCUUGUAGGCCCUAUUGUACCCACUCUUAAAAAUAUGUAUUGAGGCUGCCUCCAUUAAUACUUUCAGUCAUUCCAUUUCCUGACUACUCCGAGACUGAAGAAAUGUGUCCUGACAUUGCUGUAACUCAACUGUGUAUCUAUCUGUACCCCAGAGUGCCUGUUUAUUCUCAGUCUAUCCUUAUCUGCCCUAUCAAUUCCUUUGAGUAUUUUGUAUAUUGUUAUCAUACCUCUCCUGGUUCCUCUGUCCUCUAGUGUCAUUAGAUACAAUUCCAGUAGUCUUUCCUUGUAGAUUUGCAACUAGUCUCGUUGCAUAUCCUUGCACUACACUUGCUUUUUCAGGUGCGGGUUCCAUGCUGGCCCAGAAUGACUUUGUCAAGAUUCCUGAAGGUUACUCUAGGUUUGCCAGACAGUCAUUGGCUGUAAAGGUUAUUCAGUUGAUGCAAUCCUCUGGUGAUGUACCAGGUACUAUGCUCUGCCUCUGUCCCCAAAAUCUAUACUACUUCAUGUUCAGUCUUCUUGCCCCCUUCCCCAAACUACAUAACCUUGCAUUUGCCGAGUGAAUUCAAGCAUCCACUUACCUGACUAAUCUUGCCAAUUGUCCAAAUUUAUUUGGAGCCUUCCCUGUCUCAUCUUAGUUCUUCUUAGUUUUGCAUCAGCAAAUAUGGAUACAUUGAUUCAAUCCUAUCUGUAAUGUCAUUCACAAACCAGAAACGGUUACCUGGAGAGAGUUCCGGGGGUCAACGCCCCCGCGGCCCGGUCUGUGACCAGGCCUCCUUAGGUCAGUGUCCCAGGAUGCGACCCACACCAGUCGACUAACACCCAGGUACCCAUUUUACUGAUGGGGAACAUAGACAACAGGUUGAAAGAAACACGUCCAACGUUUCUACUCUGGCUGGGAAUCGAACCAAGGCCCUCGCCGUGUGAAGCGAGAGCGUUAACCACCAGGCCACCAGAGCGGUAAUGGUCCUAAUACCAAUCCUUAUGAAACCUAAGUUAUUCUUCCACAUUACAUCUUCUCUGAGGAUCACUCUUUGCUUCCUUCCCCUAGAGUACUCUUUAAUCCACCAGAGUAUGUUUCACUAUUACUAUUUCUUUGCUAACACUCCACUAUGACUUUCACCACCACCACCUUCUUAUUGGCACCUCACUCAUUGUUGCAUUACUUUUUCUACCACCUCCACCACAUAUUCUGCUCCCAUUCCUGCCCCCUUCUUGUACAUAUUCUGGCUCCCUUCCCCUUGUGCUUCUGUGUGAUUAGUUUAUGGUCCAGGUAAGACCGAAAUGUCAAGUUUGUCUCCUGUAUAUGGGUUAUUUGUGUAUACACUGGUUUUUUCCUGCUUAUACCAAGUUUUUGGCCCAUCCUCUUCUGGGGUACAAUAUAAAAUGCCAUCUUGCAAUCAAAGAAAAACAAUCCACCCACCCCUCUCUCCCUCCCUUGUCUCACAUCUGUACUAUGAUGAAACUCCAGCUGGUAAGACCAGAUUUGCCAUCCUUAAACUGUCCAUCUCCUUAAAUACUCUGGCAUUGUCACCACUAUAACACCUUUAUCUUCUCUCCUUGCUGAUAGGCCCACCUUUGACACAUCAACUGAUUUAUUAUCAAACUUUGAUAUCCUUCCAUUAGCACUCCUCACAGCCCUUCCUAACUUUACCUUUGUCCUCCUCUCCACCCUUACUUAUCCUUUGAUUCUGCAUCAAUUCUUGCCCUGCAGCGCUGUAUGACCCUAGUAGGUUUAGCGCUUCUUUUUUUAUUAUAAUAAUCCUUAAAUACAGGGACUACAUUCACUGUUUUUUAGAUCUCUGGCAACUGUCCAAUAUCCAUUGACUUGUGGGUCUUAGCUAGUGGUUCAAUCAGUGCUUAUGCUCCCUCUUAGAGAAUUCAUGGUAACAGCUUGUCAGAUCCCAUUGCCUUUGAUGUAUCCAAGUUCACUAAGAGUUUCUUGCCCUGUUGUGUGUGGCGUAUAUUUUCUUGCCUGUGUACCCCGUUCCCUAGGCUUUUCGAUAUACUCCAUUUUCAUUAAUACCUCUUCAGAUAAUUUAAUUACACUUCACAGACUUAGUCAUUUUUCAUCAGCUGCUCUUCAUCCUCCAAACUACUUGAUCUUUUGUUGUAGCUGUAAAGCAGUUUUUUCAGAUUUGGCCUUUGCUUCUGUCAUUUGUAUGUUCAUGCAUGUGCGCACUAAACGUGUGUAAUAAAUAGUGUGUGAGAGCGAGUGGAUGUUUUUAACACACUGGCCAUCUCCCACUGAGGUAGGGUGACUCUAAAAAGAAGAAACACUUUCACCAUCACUCACAAAUCAUUGCCUUGCCAGAGGCAUGGCAACAAUACAGCUCAGAAGCCCCCCCAAACUGCAAUAUCCCUACCCUUCCUCCUGAGUGUAGGCACUGUAUAUAAUCAAGGCAGAGUGUUAACAUAAAUCAAAAGAAAAUAUUUUAAGGAAUUAAACUUACAUAUCUGGGUUAAGGGUAAUUAUGGCACUGAUUGACAUGUUUCAUUCUUUGUGACACAUGAAAUAUUCUAAAUUAUAGUGAAAUUAUUUGCAACACUGAAAGCACAAAUUUUCAUUGUGGUGCAGUUCAAGUACGACAAUUAAUUGGUGCAUGACAAAACCAUAAAAUUGGUGAACUUUGUGCAGUAUAGCUGAAAUUGAGUGGUCAUCAUAAAACUCCAUCACCAGGGAAAGUUCUAGUUAGUAGAAGAAAAUUCUUGGAACUAGCAUUGUUUCAUUAUUAAAUAAAGGACCGAGCUAUUAUGCAGAUUUGAAGAUUUGUAAAUGUUUUAGCAAUCUCAUAAUGAUCUGAGAAUAUACUCUUGUUCUCUCUUAUGUGUUCACUUGACUUGUUAUCCUUAAAGGAUGACACUUUUGUAAUAACAUAAGAUUUCAAAAUGGAGCUUGUAAGUUGUACGAAACUGGCAUUCAUGAAGUGUCUGUUUAGUAGGACUUAGGGGGGUGAGUUUAGUUGGUGAACUCAAGUCACUUUACAUACUAAUUUAAACUUCAUUAUCAAGCUAUACAUUAAAUGCUUUAUCUGAUGUCACUUAAGUUUAUUUGCAUUUUCAUAAUGCAUAUUAUGCUAAAGUUAGUGAUUACACAUUGUGGCUGGUAGCAACAUCUGAACAUGUCAAGGAAGCAUAUUGCUCAUAAAAAUCAGGUAGUUUCCAAAGAAAACAAUUUACUAAUGUGUCAUUUCCCUCCUUCCCAGCAAUGAAAAAUUUUUUUUUGUCCUAACAUACCCAUUCUUUAGCCUUAGUAAUUAAGUACAGUUAUAUUACUUCAUCACAUAGGUAUGACACUCUUUAGGAGCUGUAAAGUGAAUAGAGUUACAGGACCUUGUAUGGCCCAUUUUUUUUUGGUGGAUGCAGAAACUUGUGUAUUGGACUUAGAUAUAUAGAGGUAGGUUAUGUUAGUGCCUGUGAAAUGUAGUGAUUGACUUGAGUGCAGUAACUAAACAGAACCCUAAUUUGUCUGGCUGUAUCAGUCAGCUGUUAAUUGUGAAUUUACCAUGUCACAAUUAUGCAUAUAUAUUAAGAUCAGUAGUCAGAGUUGAAGUAGAGCUAAGAAUUUUACCCGUGCCUCGUUUUCAAAGUUGACAAUGAAUUUAAUGUUUCAUUACUGAGUAUAGAAUUACGAGGAAACCACAGCCAUGUCAUUAGUGUAUGGGAAAGGGCAGGGCAAUAUAUUUUCUUUUUUAUGGUAUCAGUCUUAGCCAUAAGACCUGCAAAGUAUAGAAUUUAGUAUUUCAAAAUUAAUGGAAAAAUGAAGUAUAUUUUAUUGUAAUUUAGGUAAGUCAAGAGAGCAAAAGAUACAGCUUAACUUUGUCCAGUAUGCAUCUAGUUAAUUUUUUUUUUUUUUUUUUAAUAUUUUGAAAAGAAUAAUGCAUCAUCUCUAUGAAUCAAAAGUAUAGUUAAACCUUGGUAUAACUGAAUAAUGGGGAAGAAGUGUCUGUGUAAUCGACAGUCUAUUGCAUCGAAGUGCCUAAUCCAAUGGACAUAGUCCAUUGUAUAGUCUACCAAAAAUGCACAAUAAAGUUAAUGGACAAAAAUCUCAAUGUAGCAGACUUAAUCCAUUUUAUAGGGAGCUACCAAACACGCAUACUAAAGCUAAUGGACAAAAUUUCAGUGUAAUGGAUUUGGUCCAUUGUACGGGGAUCUUGUCUGACACUACCGCUAUGGAACAAGAUAUCGAUACAGCAGCCUUGGUCCGUAGCAUCAAACAUUUAUCCAGCCAAAUAUUUUGUCUGUUACCUCUGAGAUUAACUGUGUAGGGAUCAGUUAUAUUGAGGUUUUACUUAAAAAUUCUUUAUUUUGUACUUAAAAAUUUAAUAAAAUUUAGUAAUUGGUUAAAUAGCACUUGAAGAAUACUGCUUAUGAAACUUUGUAUACUGAAAUCAGCUUCAGGACAUAGUUUAAAAGUAGCUUAUUAUUAUAAUCAAUGGGAAGCGCUAAACCCAUAGGAGUAUACAUCGCCUGUGGGGGGGGGGAUGUGGAAGGUAUUCAGGCUUAAUUCAGGGAACUGGAGCACAGAUCCAAUUCCCUAGAUCAAGAGCCCCUCACCAGCAUCAAGGAACCUUCCUUGAGGGGUAAAAGUAGCUUAUAUGUGACUGCUCACAAGUACUUUGAGAUGCCUGUGCCAUGUGACUUGAUUUUUUAUUUAAAAAGAGUUUUUUUAGUUAUCAGUAGUUCCUAUAAUUUGUGUAUUACUUCCUAUUUUUCUUUGUUAUAAAUUUACUAUGUAGAUUACAUAACUAUAGUGACUCAGUUUUAGUAGGACUUGAGGAAGAGAGUGCCAUAAUAGGGUGAAUACCAUGGUGAAGAAUUCUAUCACUAUUAAUCUGAGAAAUGGAGUUAUGAGUGUGUGUUUAGCCACAUGUAUUUGAGUAACAUUGAGUUAUGAUUGUGUUAUAAUUAUAUUGAUGUAUAUAUAACCCCAUGUUCACUACUUUUGGAUUAUUGAUUUUUUACAAUUCCAAGGUACCAUAUAUCACUAGUUUCAGAGGCAAUGCUUUAUGAUGCCAUACUUCUCAAUGUUCCUCUGAUAUUUUUUUUUUUAAGGGAAGGGAAAUGGGGUGGGGGAAUCGGUACUCUUGUUUAAAAAUUGUAAUUGUGAUACACUUGACUUUAUAAUCUUGCUUGCUGUAUAGCCCUUGUGGCUUAGCGCUUCUUUUUGAUUAUAAUAAUAAUAAUAAUAUAAUCUUGCUUACCAUACCAGAGAGUCUUGUUUAAAAAACAAUAAAUUAAUGGUAAGUUAAAAGGAAAAAAAAAAAAAAAGUCUUCCCAGUUUUGUUAAAUGUAAAUUUGUAAUAAUUAUGUUGUUGAAUCCCAUGUACAAUUAUAAAGCACCUCACUAAAGAAUUUUUCUUACUAAUUAUUCAAAGUCCAUGAAUAUACUUGUGUACCAGUAUACAUAAUGUGGCAUUCAAAAUAAUUUAGCCAAAAAAUGCAGGGUUCUACUUAGUUCUGGAUUUUUGGCAUGAGGGGAAGGAGUGGGUUGAAAGACUGUAUUGAUUGGAACAAAGAUCAAUUUCCCAUUUGUUAGGAGAUGAAAUUUAAAUGAAAAUUUUUACAAGUUUUGCCAAACAAAUUAUUUUUUGAAUAAAAUAAUUUUUGAAGGAAUUUCUUGCUGGCCAAGAGUGCCUGACCAAAUUUGAUUGGUAUGGGCAGGAUCCUGUACAUUAAAAGGCACCUUUUUUUGAAAGAAUGUAUUACUAUUGGUUAUCUUCAAAAGCAUUUCAGUUGGGAAAUGCCUUUUCACUGUUGAACUGCAGCUUAUUGGGUGGCUUUAUACUUGUUUUCAGACCUCCCAUAGAUUUACUAUAUUUUUUUAUACUGACUCGGAUUCAUCUGUUUUGCAUCAUAUUCCUGUUUCACUUCCUUUUUUUCAUUACUUUGUUUAACCCUUAAACUGUCCAAACGUAGAUCUACGUUUUUUUCAACAUUUGAAAGUAUGUAAAAAAAAAAAUGUAAUUUUUUUUUUUUUUUUUUUAUUUGAAAAUAUGUAAAAAAAAACGAAGAUCUACUUUUGGAGCACUACGAAUGUGAACGUAAAUCCGUUUGGACAGUUUAAGGGUUAAACAAUAUUCUCCUUUUUCACAUUCCAAAUUUUUAGUGUAAAUGAUAAUCUGUUGAAAUUGAUAGCAAAACUAGUAUGAGGUAUUCUUCACUGAAAUUUUGGCACUGUUAAGUUUCUUGAAGGUGUUGAGAUUAGUGACUUCAGAGCACUGAGAAUAUUUUCUGCACUCAUGAACACCACCCAAAAACAUUAAAAAUUGCAAGUUUAAAAGAUAUUACAUUUGAAAGGUAAUUGAUUUGCUAUAUAGGUUUUCAUUAACAUCAUACUGUAUUUUAAUUGCUUAAUAUGUACUGGAUGCACAAAUUAAUAAAUGGGCUUUUAUUUUUAACUGUGAAUGCAUGAUGUAACAAUUGUACCUAGUGUUACCCUCAAAUUUUUCAUGGUAAAUUAACUGUGUUUCCUAUGUUUUUAUCCCUGUGUUUACUAAAAUGUUUGUGUGCAUUUUUGCCAGUAGUUAUUGAACAUGUACUUUUGUGCACUACACUGAUGGGUCAUGUUAAGUACAGUAGUCUGUUUUCUGAAAACUUCAACAUCCAUUCCACAGAAGAUAAUUGAGUAUUGUAUGAGGAUGUGAAGGCAUUUAUCAGCAUAAUUUGGUUUACAAUGUUGCAGAUUCAAAGCCAGUUCUCAUGUACUGAGAAAUCAUGAUCUGUAUACCCUGUUUAUUUACAGUUUAAUCCAAUUAAUUUUUAAACACCUCAUGUGUUACAUAUUUUUUCUUUUGUGUGUUUUGCUAAACGAAUGCUUCUGAAAGCUGUACAUUAUUUAUUUCAUGAUAUAGCUAAUUUAUGAAGUUGUGACCUACUUUCAAACUCUCCUUGCAGAUGAUUUACAUAGAUAGCUUCAUGAAAAAUAUCAGUAUACCAAGAAAAAUACAGAUGUGAAAUAAAGAAAUAAAAUAUAGUUAUGGCAAUAACCAGCAAUAUAGAUAGUUGCAUUUUCCCAAAAUACGGACUUGCUUGAUCUCGCAGGGUGUCUUAAGAAUAUGGACACAGUAACAUGUAAAGUAAAUGUGCAGUUAAUUUAGCAAGUCUUGAGCAUUGAGUCAAAUUCUGUUGUGAAUGUAUUUAUUGUGCAAAUUUUUUUUAUUGACUGUUGUAGUCAAGGACUGGCUGUAUGUGCUGUUACCAAUAAAAAUGUAAUGCCUAUGUCAUGCUUAAUAAACAGAAUUGGGCAAUUAGGCAGAACUGCUCUAAAACAAUCUUUUUGAAAAAAAAUUCAUGCCUUUGAUAUAAUUUUAAUUACAUUGCUAUAUAGCAAUAAUAUAAUCAAAUUAACCCAUAGGUGUCACUCGGCACUAGCAAUGCUGCAUAAAAAAUUUAACAUUGCCCCAAAACUCAGACACCUCGCCUAAAUUUGCUAAAGUUAAUACAAUAUAAUUUAGCUUAAUCCUACUAAAUACAUUUUAGGUCAGUCUGAAUUUACCAAGUAUUAUUUAACAUCAGCAAUACAUGUUUAUUUUAUGUUCAGAAAUAAAUUUUCACUGCUUAUUUGACAAAGAACCAUCACUUUACAAGCCUAAAAUGGCCAAUUCUGCUCAUUUGGCACAAUACCUAUACCACUUGGAUGAUAGGCAUACGUAUUAUCGUAUGUUAUGCAUUCAGAAAGAAAUUAAUAACAAGCCUUUCUGCUUAUUACUGCAUUUUUGUGCAGAAUUAAACAAUGUUCAAUAUUGAUAUUUGUGAAUCAAAGCAUUUUCUGUAGUAAAGACUGUGCAAGUCAGAAUGAGAUUCCCAGUUAGUGAUCAAAGAACCAGAGGUUUAUUGGCAAUAAACUGCUUUAUUAGAAGUUGCCUUUAAAAAUUUGGUUCAUAAAAAUUUUCACUGUGCUGUGAUUCUCAAAUAGAUAACAAAGUAUGUAUCAUGUUCCAGUGGCAUCUUAAAGUAUGUCCAGAUGGCUAUAAUAUGGAUGGAGAGGAGUUGAAACAGCAUUUUCAGAUAUUACAUGCCUUUUUAUGCAAAACUAAUUACAUUAUCAAAAACAAAUUUGAUCAUGAAAUGAAUUAGUAUGUUAUUUAGGAUGCAUACCUCCCUAGGUGUUGCUGUAAAAUGUGGCCAUAAUGUACUUGUAUUUCUCUAUGCAAUAUUUAUAACUGCUUCUUAAGUGCUGAGAGUGAAAAGAGCAAGAAAUGCUCUUCAUAAACAUUAUAAAAAAUGUUGUUCAAGGGAUCACUUUUGUAGAAUAAACCAAGUAUUAUAAAUUCAGAAAAAAUUUCUGUAUAUCAACUCUCUUUCUCUGUACAUUGUACUAAAAGUUUGAUGUUUUAAUAAGGGGAACAUGACUAAAAUAUGUAUAGUUUAUGGUUACUUGUUUUACCCUCAGCCUUCAGAAUUGUAUAUAUUAUACUAAAAGGAAUGCAACUCCUCCAACACAAACUAUUUGUUACAGCAGUGAUUCUAUCUAAAAGCUAGAUGAAUUUGUAAAUGGUAUAAUAAGCAUGAGUGCACUUGUGGAGUGCUAUUUUAUGUGCUGCUGUCAGGAAAAUAUAGUACUAAGUCAUUACUUGACUUGGUGAGGCAAUGAUUUUUGCCUCUUUUCUGCAGGCACCAGUGAUGACAGUGUGAGCAACAGAGAUUUCUGUAUUAUUCACUUCAUGUGCUGUAUGAUGAAAAACAGCUUCAUUUUCUUUUAGUGGUUUCAUUUUUGAGAGGCACUGCAAAGUUUUUUUUUUUUAGUUUUAGAGGCAAGUAACUACUGAACUUAACUAGCAGUUGAUAUUUAUUCUCCAAAUGAUAAAAAGGCUUUUUCUGAAUCUGAGAAUGGCUUUAUUUUUUGUUUAUGCAAAACUUGGUAAUAUGUCAGUGGAUUGUUUCUUCCAUUACAAGAAUGCAAUACAACAGUUAAAUUUUGCAGUUUGCUACAUUAGUUAUGAAAGAGGGUGAAUUCUGCAGUAACUGAUAUACUCGUGUUGCAACACUACGGGUCUGUGGUAAGCCUCCAUCAUGUUUACUGCUGUCUUGAGAGAGACAUUACUCAAUACCAAAUAGAAUUUGAAUUUUCUUUUUAUAUAAACAUAACUGUCAAGUAAAGAAUAAAUAUAAGGAUUUUA